UCCUGUAUUCCUCCCCACAAUUGGAUGGUGUUCCGAAGUCCGCUUUUCGCCCUCUCUGUCUGAGACAGAAGGUCCGCUGUCCUUUUUCUCUGGAGCGGAAGAAUUCCCCGAAUGGAGGGAAUAGUCGUGAAGCCUGCGGCUGGUGUUCAUUUCUUGAAAGCUACAACCACUAAAUCGAACGGAAUCCUCAACCAGAGAAGGUUUCUCUCCCUAGGUGUGGGGAGGUCCUGUGUCGAGAAGAUGUGCUUGCGUCUACGCGCUCAGCAGUCCGAUUCCAAGGAUGGGCAUGCAACUCUUACACCGGCGGAGGAUCACGAAGGCGCAGAUUUAAAGGGUUCAGAAAGAAACCCUGAUGAACGUGAUGUUGAUACUGACCAGGGAAUCAGAAUUAGGAGACGUCCACCAACUGGUCCUCCAUUACAUUAUGUGGGUCCUUUUGAAUUCCGCUUGCAGAAUGAGGGAAAUACUCCUAGGAACAUUCUGGAAGAGAUUAUUUGGAACAAGGACGUGGAAGUCUCACAGUUAAAGGAACGGAAACCUUUGGGUUCCUUAAAGAAGUCCCUUGAGGAUGCACCACCUGCUAGAGAUUUCAUAGGAGCUCUCAAGGCAUCCCAUUUGCGGACGGGGAUGCCAGCUUUAAUAGCAGAAGUGAAGAAGGCAUCUCCUAGCAGAGGAGUGCUGCGAGAAAAUUUCGAUCCGGUUCAAAUAGCCCAAGCCUAUGAAGCAGGUGGUGCAGCAUGCCUCAGUGUCCUGACUGAUGAGAAAUAUUUCCAGGGAAGCUUUGAUAACCUCGAGGCCAUACGCAAUGCAGGUGUAAAGUGCCCUCUCCUUUGCAAAGAAUUUAUCAUUGAUGCUUGGCAAAUUUAUAAUGCUCGAGUAAAAGGAGCAGAUGCUGUACUGUUGAUUGCAGCUGUUUUGCCUGAUCUGGAUAUCAAAUAUAUGUCAAAGAUCUGCAAGUUGCUAGGCUUAGCAGCACUAGUUGAGGUGCAUGAUGAAAGGGAAAUGGACCGUGUUCUUGGAAUAGAAGGGAUUCAACUUAUUGGCAUUAAUAAUCGUAAUCUUGAAACUUUUGAGGUUGAUAUUAAUAACACAAAACAACUUCUGGAGGGAAAACGUGGUGACAUGAUUCGUCAGAGGGAUAUAAUUGUUGUUGGGGAAUCUGGGCUCUUCACACCUGAUGACAUUGCGUUUGUGCAGAAUGCUGGAGUCAAAGCGGUUUUGGUUGGGGAAUCAAUUGUGAAGCAGGAGGAUCCAAAGAAAGGAAUUGCAGGGCUUUUUGGGAAAGAUAUUUCUGUAUGAUACCUUGUUACAAUAAGCAUUUGUGGUUGCAUUCUAUUGAAUGAGGUCAAUAAUUGUUUUUGCUCUCGCGGUUGUAUGGAAUCGAUUAACGCCAUUAUCAACGAAAGUCUCGUUUGUGCCUCUUGAUCUCAUAGUGCAGUGUCCUGGUCAUGGUAAAGAUGGCUUUGGUGAAGGCUUCAUGCUAAUGGAUGAAAAUGCAGUUCCUAGGUGUUGUAUUGGUCGUCUUUAUCAAUAUAACACAUCAAUAGCAGCAGACCUUUCUUUUUAUUUAA